AUGACAGAAAUUAAUAUGGCGGAUUCUACAUAUUUGAAUGGAAUAGAAUCUUGCUUCCAAAGGGGAAAUCAUACUUUGAAAGUACCUAUGUCUCUUUUCCAAAACAAUCGCAAGAGAUUAAUUGAACGUGUUAAAGCAAAUAAAAAAAUAUCAGACAAAGGUACUUUCAUUAUUCUUCAAGGAGGAGUUGAAGUUCCAUUUAAUGAUACAGAUAUAUAUUGGCCAUUUAGACAAGAGUCAUUUUUUCAAUGGUGUUUUGGUGUUGAAGAACCAGGAUGUUAUGGUGCUCUUGACUUAUCAACAGAAACAACUAUUUUAUUUGUGCCAAGAUUACCAGCAGAAUAUGCAAUUUGGGAAGGAAAAUUGCAUAGUCUAGAAGAUUUUAGAAAACGAUAUGCAGUAGACGAAACUUAUUAUACUGAUGAGAUAACUAAUGUUUUAAAAUCAAAACAAGCAAUUCUUCUUUUAACUUUAAAUGGUCAAAAUAGUGAUAGUGGUUUGCAGACAAAAGAGGCAAUUUUUAAUGGUAUUGACAAAUUUAAAGUAGACAAUAAAAUCUUAUAUCCAGAAAUAUGUGAAUGUCGAGUUAUAAAAUCUCCACAAGAAAUUGAGGUAUUGGAAUAUGUAAUUAAAAUAAGUUCAGAUGCCCACAAAUCUAUUAUGCAUAUGGUAAAACCAGGGCUUGCAGAAUUUCAAGCAGAAGCAGCUUUUAUGCAUUAUGUAUAUUCCAUGGGAGGUUGUAGACAUGUAUCUUACACUUGUAUAUGUGGAUCUGGACAUAAUGCUUCUAUAUUACAUUAUGGACAUGCUGGUGCACCUAAUAAUAAAAUUAUGAAUGAUGGUGAUAUAUGCCUUUUCGACAUGGGUGGAAACUACUGUGGAUAUGCAGCUGAUAUUACAUGCAGUUUUCCAGUCAAUGGAAAAUUUACAGAAGAUCAAAAGAUGAUAUACAAUGCAGUAUUGGCUGCUCGUAAUUCAGUAAUGAAUGCUGCAAAGCCAAAUGUUGCUUGGACAGAUAUGCAUAUUUUAGCAAAUAAGACUAUGCUAACUUCAUUAAAGAGUAAUGGUUUGUUAGUAGGCGAUGUUGAUGAAAUGAUAGAAGUAGGAUUGAAUGAAAUUUUCCAACCUCAUGGGCUUGGACAUCUUAUGGGAUUGGAUGUUCAUGAUGUUGGUGGAUAUCUUCCAGGACAUCCUGAACGUUCAUCAGCUCCAGGUCUAAGAAAAUUGAGAACUGGACGUAUUUUGCAACCUGGUAUGGUUUUAACAAUUGAACCUGGUUGUUAUUUUAUUGACUGUUUAUUAGAUGCGGCACUGAAAAAUCCAAAUCAAUCAAAGUUUAUCGUUAUUGAAGAAUUAAAAAGAUUCCGUGGUUCGGGUGGUAUCAGGAUUGAAGACGAUAUUCUUAUAACAGAAACUGGUGUAAAAAAUUUAACAGAUGUACCUCGCACUGUUGAAGAAAUAGAAAAAUGGAUGGCUAUUAAAAAAAAUUGAAAUCAAUUACCAACAAGGAAAUUCAAUAAAAAUUACACAAUGUAUGCGAAUAUUUAAUUAAGAUUUUUAUGUAAAGAAUCAUUAUUUACAUAUUCUAUUUUUUAUGAUAUAAAAACAAUUGUGAUAUAAAAUUAUAAAAAUAUUUUUUACACGAAUUGUUUAUAAUACAUAUUAUACAAAAUUUAAUUUUAAAUAAGUUUAAAUCAUUCCUUUAUAAAUUGUAUAUAAAAAAAUAAUAAUAAAAGAAUAUUAUUUAUUAUAUGUUAC